GCCCCAAGGGCGCGUCUCCCAUUGGAGGAAGGGGCUGCGGGGAUUCCCUCUCCCUCUGGAUCCGGCUAUCCGCGCCCCCCUCCGCGGAGGGGCAGCCUCUUGCUCGGCGCCCUCCAGGCCUGUUGGAGGUGAGGGAGGUGGGGUGAGGUGGUGCCCGCCCCCCACUUCGGCUCCUCCUUCCCCCACCUCGUCCUCCCCUCCCAUCACCCUCCCCCCCAGUCGGUCCGUCCCUCCCCUCUCUCCCCCCGCCGCCUCCUCCUGCCGCUGCCGCUGCUUUGGCUGCUGCGUCAUACGCCCCAGAGCUGCCGGGACGAAGGGGCUGGGCCUGGGGACCCCCCGGCCUCUACCUGCACGCCCCCUGACGCCAGGACUUGCCCUCCCCGCGCGGGGGGCUCGCCCAGGUUUUCUGCGUCGGCCCCUGCCCAGCUCUCGGCGGCCCCAGCUGUCACUGGUCACCCCAGGAUGCAAUGGCGCAGCCCCCCCGGCUGAGCCGCUCUGGUGCCCCCUCUCUCUGGGACCCAGCUUCCCCUGCUCCCACCUCAGGCCCCAGGCCUCGACUUUGGGAGGGUCAAGAUGUGCUGGCUAGAUGGACUGAUGGGCUGCUAUAUUUGGGCACCAUCAAGAAGGUGGACAGUGCUCGAGAGGUGUGUCUGGUCCAGUUUGAGGAUGAUUCCCAGUUUCUGGUUCUUUGGAAAGACAUUAGCCCUGCUGCUCUCCCUGGGGAGGAACUCCUCUGUUGUGUCUGCCGCUCUGAGACUGUGGUCCCUGGGAACCGGCUGGUCAGCUGUGAGAAGUGUCGCCACGCUUAUCACCAGGACUGCCACAUUCCCAGGGCCCCAGCCCCUGGAGAAGGAGAGGGCGCUUCCUGGGUCUGCCGCCAGUGUGUCUUUGCAAUUGCCACCAAGCGGGGGGGUGCACUGAAGAAGGGUCCCUAUGCCCGGGCCAUGCUGGGUAUGAAGCUGUCUCUGCCAUAUGGACUAAAGGGGCUGGACUGGGACGCUGGACAUCUGAGCAACCGACAGCAAAGCUACUGUUACUGUGGUGGCCCUGGGGAGUGGAAUCUGAAAAUGCUGCAGUGCCGGAGCUGCCUGCAGUGGUUCCAUGAGGCCUGCACCCAGUGUCUGAGCAAACCCCUCCUCUAUGGGGACAGGUUCUAUGAGUUUGAAUGCUGUGUGUGCAGGGGGGGCCCUGAGAAGGUCCGGAGGCUACAGCUUCGCUGGGUGGAUGUGGCCCAUCUUGUUCUCUAUCACCUCAGUGUUUGCUGUAAGAAGAAAUACUUUGAUUUUGACCGUGAGAUCCUCCCUUUCACCUCUGAGAACUGGGACAGUCUGCUCCUGGGGGAGCUUUCAGAUACCCCCAAAGGAGAACGUUCUUCCAAGCUUCUCUCUGCUCUUAACAGCCACAAGGACCGUUUCAUUUCAGGAAGGGAGAUUAAGAAGAGGAAAUGUUUGUUUGGUCUCCAUGCUCGGACUCCUCCUCCUGUGGAGCCCCCUGCUGGAGAUGGAGCCCCCACCAGGGCAGGGCCCUGGGGGAGGGGUCUCACGUCCCCUGGGGAAGCGCCGGAGGCCGGAGCCGGAGCCCCUGAGGAGGAGGCAGAAGGGAAAAGUGGAGGAGCUGGGGCCACCCUCAGCAGUGCACAAUCAGCCCGAGUCCCAGGAGCAGAGGGAGCGGGCUCGUCUGCAGAGGGCACUGCAGCAGCCCCAUCCGGAUGUUCGCUUCCUUUCACCCUUCUGCCAGCACCGCAGGGACCUCUGGGGACAGUGAACCCCCAGACAGGUCACCCCUGGAACUUCAUAUUGGCUUCCCCACAGACAUCCCUAAAAGUGCUCCCCACUCAAUGACUGCCUCAUCUUCCUCAGUCUCAGCCCCCUCCCCAGGUCUUCCUAGACGCUCAGCACCCCCUUCUCCCCUGUGCCGUAGUUUGUCUCCUGGGACUGGGGGAGGAGUCCGAGGUGGGGUUGGCUACCUGUCUCGAGGGGACCCUGUCCGGGUCCUUGCUCGGAGAGUACGGCCUGAUGGCUCUGUGCAGUACCUGGUUGAGUGGGGAGGAGGGGGCAUCUUCUGAACAGACUGCCUCUGCCCAUCUCCCCAUUCACACACACGGCACUUUCGUACCCUGACCUCACCUACAGCUGGGAUGUACCUGGAGAGAUAGGGGGUAGUUCUCCCUAUUGGCCAGGCUGGAAUCCAGGAGAUGGGUGGGGAAGAGGCUCUCUCUUCUCUACCCCCUUCAAGAUUCCUGACCCCUCAUCUUCUUCCCAUUUCCUUUGAUGUUAUUUUGUUACAGCUUUUUAAAUAUUUUUUAAAAUUAUUUAACCCCUGGGUGCAGAGACUGAAGAGGGAGGGAUAAGGGAUUCCGGACUCUGUAUGAUUGAAAUAAAGAGAAAUAAACAAACCUA